AAGUUUUAAAACUAUGUUUGUCAGUUUUUGUCGAUGCACGAAACGCUGACGACAACAAAAAGACUCUGCAGAUCAUCGGGGAAGCUCUAAUUUUUUUCGAGUUCAAAUUGUUGUCCUCUUUUGAUGAUGUGUUAUCUUCCAAUUCAAUGGAUCAAAUUCCCACGACCUUCAGCGGAAGCUUUGAGUACGAUCACGAUGCUUGGCUGCAGUUUUGAUUGAAACAAGAACCCUUCAUGACGGGUUGUCGUUGUGCAAGUAAGCUGGCUUUGACGGCAAUAGAUGAACUUGGAAUAGGAAAAUUUGGUGAAACGGUAAAAGAAUGUCAGAGAUUGCUCAAAGAACACGAUAAAAAAGUGAGCGCCAUCUUUUCAGACAGACGCCUCUCUGCGUUACAAGUCAAAGGUGAACAACUUGUGCCGGGCAUGCAGCAGACAGAUAACUUGAAGAAAACACAAGACUGGAAAUAUACCACGGAAAUUGUCUCGAAAUUAUAUUUCAAAAUGAAUCAAAUUUUCUCCAAGCUAGAAGUUUUGUAUAGAAAACGAAAACGGGAGCUCGAGGAUUGUCUACAGUUGAAAUGCUUUCAAGAGGAAUACGCUAAGACACAAGAGGAUAAACAAUGGAAAUUCUUUCUCAAGGGUUCCAUGUUUGAGGAUCAUUUUAAUGAACUCGAGAAGAUUUGUGAAGAGGCUUAUGGUGGCCAUUCUGAGCUCUUUGAUGAUGAGUUUCUGAGGCCUAUUUGCUAGUUACUUCUAGAACUAAGGAUGUUAGCCAAGGAGAUGCAACCAGGUAGCGUUCACAUUGCCUACAUCCUCGAACGAAAAGAUUCACAUCUUUUGAUGUUCAGUGCUGAUAAACUAAAAGAAAAACUUAAAUUUCAAUUCAAAUUGCUGUCGUCUUUUGAUGAUGUGUUCCAUUUCGAUGGAUCAAAUCCCACGACCUUUGACGAAAGCUUUGAGUAUGAUCACGAUGCUUGGCUGCAGUUUCGAUUGAAACAAGAACCCUUCAUGACGGGUUGUCGAAGUGCAACAAAGCUGGCUUUGACGGCAAUAGAUGAACUUGGAAUAGGAAAAUUUGGUGAAACGGUAGAAGAAUGUCAGAAAUUAUUGCUCGAAUAACACGAUAAAAAAGUCAGCGCCAUCUUUUCAGACAGUCGCCUGUCUGCGUUACAAGUCGAAGGUGAACAACUUGUGUCGGACAUACAGUAGACAGAUAACUCGAACAAAACACAAGACUGGAAAUAUACCAUGAAAUUGUCUCGAAAUUAUAUUUCAAAAUGAAUCAAGUGUUCUCCAGGCUGGAAGUUUUGUACAGAAAACGAAAACGAGAGCUCGAGGAUUGUCUACAGUUGAAAUGCUUUCAAGAGGAAUACGCUAAGGUAUUAGAGUAGCUACAGGAUGUCAGUAUGCCUUGUUUAGAAAAACCUGUGGAGAUUGCACAGUCGUAUGGACAAGCGCUCAGUUACCAUGGUAACUUCGAGAAAUUCCUGGCACCUGCUAAGAACUUCACUGAAGACUGUACAAAUUUCUCCCACUUGAGUUAAAUACUCCAAGCUCAAGAUUUACUAGAGGAUGGUAGCAAUAUAGCUCAGUGGGGAACUGAUGAUUGCAUUGGUGUAAAGGAAAUGUCAAAGGUACUGAAGACGAGACUGGAUCAAUUCACUACAGCACUAGACGAAAGACGUGUGUCACUCUGGUCACAUGUAUGGAGUUUCAUGAAAUGAUCAGAGAGAGUUCUGAAUGAAGAAUUCAAGCAUCGAAACACAUGGCAUUGAUGAUAUGGAAGCAUCAAAAUCCUCUAAAGGUGUCGCUUCACUGAAAGAAAACAUGGAAGGAUUUCUUCAAGAAUUUCCCAUGUGGUCGAAGGAAAGAUUAAAUAUCUUAAAUGAACUUUCUGGUAAAUUGAAGAACGAAGAUCUACAAAAUCAGGCCGAGAAAUCUGUUACGGAGUACAAGGAAGUCGAGAAAAUGUUUUUAAAAUGUCAGGAAACAUUACAGAAGGCGGCCGUACGCGUAUAAGUCUCUGAUGCAUCCACAAACGGUACCAGCGAGGGAUCGUCAUCUACAUCAACAUCGAACUCAACCUCGUGUGCAAACGAUGAGGAAGGAGACAUGGACAGUGAUGAUGAUGAGGAUGCUAAAUUAGAUCUUCCUGAAGAUUUAUCUCAUACAUAUUGCUGGAGAACAAGAUGAACAAAGUUAUCAAAAACUUUCAGAAAAAACCAAAGAAAAGUUGUUAUAUAUUGUGGAUGAAAUGGUCACUACCGAAAGAGAUUAUGUCAAAUCCUUGGAUUACGUAAUCCAGAAUUAUAUAAAGCAAAUGGAGAGUGACGAUCUACCGGCGUCAUUAAAGAAAAAAUUAAUAUUUGAAAAUAUUGAACGAUUGUAUGACUUUUACAAAAGGUAAUUUUUCUGUUUCCAACAUUUCUCUCUUGUUUCCAACAUUUCUCAUAUUACAAACCGUCGUCGUUCCUUUUUUUACCUUUGUCGUUUUGUUAAAAACCGUCGUCUUUCCAUUUUUUACCGUUGUCGUUUUGUUACAAACGUCGUCGUUCCAUUCAUUUGAAGCGUUUGCAGCAGUUUGCAGUGAUUGUUUAGAAGUGUAUUUAAAUAUGAAUAAAUAUUAAUCACACUGGCA